AUCAAAACUAGAUACAGUACCUUGAGAAAAUGUAGCAUCUGUAUAUCUAGCGUGUUUAAGCUAGUUAGCAACUCGACUGUGAGCCAGGACGAUACCCAGACGAGUCACUGCCGGAGUAGAGGUUGUUUAUCAAGGCUGUUAGACGCUGUUCACCGCCAAGUUGCUGUAUUACAUCUCCCAAGAUAUUGUUGAAUGCUCCGUGCCCUUUCUUCUGGACAGCGCUUACUUGGUAUUUUUGGAUCAGCAGAGAGAUUUUCCCACAGUCAGGUUACCAAGAUGGUUGAUGCAUAUGUCAAUGUGUUCAAGGAGGUAGCACAGAUAAGUGACUUAAAGGGAGCCAAGAUUCUUAAUGUAACACACAAUGAACAAGGCGGCAAUGAUGAUGUAUCUGUGCAGGUCUUCUGGAGCUCUCGCAAUCUAACAUCUCUGGAACGGUCUAUAACAAGUUGUGAUUAUCUUGUACAAGGUGAAAAAGUAAUAUCAUUCCCUCCUUCUCCAAUCAAUAAAAAUGUAGUGCUUAGCCAAACAAGUGCCUCGGGGAAAUGGACAGCAUUUAUGGUGACCUCAGAGAAGAACCAGGAAGAACACCAGGUGAUGGUGGUUAAUCAAGAUGGCUCAAUGAAAACAUUUGAUCUCAAAGUUGCAGACAAGCAUGGAAAAGUUUACUCAGAUGGUGAGUUCGGGUGCCUGGAGUGGUCAGCAGAUGAGACAAUGCUCGUGUAUGUUGCAGAAAAAAAGCAGCCUAAGCCUACAAGCUUCAUGACUCCACUGAAAAGCGGUAAGAGUGAGGAUGCCCGAGGCCAGGAGUUUAUCUUCCGUGACGACUGGGGGGAGCAGCUAGAUGGCAAACACCAGAGUGUUGUUUGCCUUCUUAAUGUUAAUUCUGGAGACAUAAAAUGCCAUGAAUUACGAGAUCAGCUGUGUCCAGGUCAGAUGGUGUGGGCCCCAGACAGUGCUGGAAUUUUUGGGGUGGCUUUUGUCGGUAAACCAUACCGCCUUGGGCUUAUAUACAAUCAUAACAGAGAAUCCAAACUCUUCCACAUGGAUCUGGAGGGCAACUAUAGUGUGAUAAGUGAAGGUCAUAGCAACAUUCGAAGUCCUCGUGUUAGCCCGGAUGGGUUAAGUAUCGUGUUUCUACGUACAAAGGUUGGAGGACCCCAUGCUAAGUGUAGCCAGCUGUGCCUCCUCACAUGGCCAGACAAACAGGAACGUGUGGUUGUUGAUGUAGUUUAUCGAGAAAAAGAGAUUGAAGAUGGUGAUGUGUUCAAGGGAAUCUAUGGCUAUUCUGGACUUCCUCAAAGAUGCUGGUUGAAUGACAGUCGACGUAUCGUGUUCUCCUCUUUCAAGUUUGACAAUGUAGUGUCAUAUGUUUUCAACGUUGUAAGUGGCACCAUCACAGAACUGUCUCACUUGGGAAGUCUUCAGGUUCUGGAUGUUUGUGAUGGUUGGCUCCUGGUCGACUUCUCUUAUAUCUCUCAGCCCAACCUUAUUAGGCUGGGAUAUGUCCCUGAAGAAGGCCAAGAAUGUAAAGUUGAUCUGAUAGAGGUAACUCCUCGUCGUGAGAUUGCAGGGGUGCCAAAUUACUAUCGCGGACACUGGUUGUUUAUAAAUGAGACCCCUCAUCCUGACCCUAAAUAUUCUGAUAUCCCUAUCUCUGUCAUCUACUUCGGCCCAACUAGUCAUAAAGAAGGUACAGCAAAGACUCCACUGAUAUGUUGGCCACAUGGAGGCCCUCAUACUGUUUCCUCAAAUGUUUAUAACAUGGCAGCUGCAUUUUUCGUCAAACUUGGCUAUGCCAUUGUGUUCCCAAAUUACAGAGGAUCACUUGGCUUUGGUGAAGAUGGUGUUAGUUCUUUACCAGGCCAUUGUGGAGUGACUGAUGUAUCUGACGUUCACAAAGCCACCUUGCAGUGUUUAAGCAGGUUUUCUGAUGUUUUGGAUGAAUCAAAAGUCUUCCUGUUUGGUGGAUCCCAUGGAGGGUAUCUGGUAACUCAGCUAGCAGCUAAAUAUCCAGAACUCUACAAAGCUAUGGCCAUUAGAAACCUCUCCAGUGACUUUGGAUCAGCUUUGAGUUGUAAAGAUAACCCUGAUUUGACAUUUGUUGAGACUGGCUUUCCACAUCAACAUGGGAAAGUGCCAGAUGGAGCAACGCUUUCCAAAAUGUUGGAGAUGUCACCUAUCAAUCACAUCGACUCUCUGAAGGCUCCAGUCCUGCUUCUGGUUGGGAAGAAUGAUGCCCGUGUUCCUCCUUCACAGAGUGUGAAUUUCUACAAGAUGCUACUAGCUCGGGGUGUCCAUACAGAGCUCCACUUAUAUGAUGAUUGUCACCCUUUAAACAAAGUGGACUCAGAGGUAGAUUGCCUUAUCCAUACUGCCCUCUGGUUUGAGAAGCACCAACACACACCAUCAUCCUAAUUAAAGGUCUGUCUGUUUUAUAGAGAUUAAGGAAAAGAAAAUAUCAAGUCUUUGAUUUGAUACUUUUUAUAUACUGUGUACAAUUUUUGUUCUAAUACCAAA